CAAGGAUUCGCCGGUCUUGAACUUUAUUCCGAGCUGACUGACUCCUAACGAAUUUACGUGGUUCUGGUGAGAUGAGUCGCAUGCAGAACGGCCAAAUACCAAUUUCCCUGAAGAGGCCAAGCGAAGAAAGUUCCACCCACUCCGAAGAUACCACAGUGCACAAGUACAACUACAACCAUCACAGCAGCGAUUCUAAUAAUAAUAACAACCCUCCCGAUAUUGAAAAAUGUCAGCCCUACCGGGGGUAUAGGCGACACGAUGAUCACGAUGACGAUGAUGACAAUGGCAAUGACACGGAGAUUCUGAGCAAUGCUAGUGGUGAUAGCAUAUUUAGUAGUAGCAGAGAUGGACGACAAAGGUCACGGGUGGUGAUGUUCUACGCGGCGUGUUAUGUUGCUUUUGCCAUCUUGUCGUUCUUCUCCGCUGCUUAUUACUUUUUGUGCUGGAUGCCCUAUGAACCGUCCAACAGUGAUCCAUUCCCGGGCCGUCAUCGGUGAUGCACAAUAUCCUCACCUACUAAGCUACACAGUUAACCGAGGGGAUGCGCAUAUCAGUCGAUACUCAGAACAAAGCCCAAUACGGACUCCUAUGCAGCGG